AUGGCGGUUAUGGAUGCAGCUUCAUUUACACCAGAGAUUGCAUCAGGAAUUCUCCGGAGUUUAACCCAGAGAGGAAUCGCGGGCCAUCACGGAAGCGGAGGGACAGCUACAAGACUUAGAAGCGGCCGCCGCCUCGAAGUUGGAGGCGGGGAUCAGACGGCGCAGGAAAAGCCUCGAAAUAGGUCAGGUGAAAGCCCCCUAUAUAACUUUCAGAUCAGACAGAAAGCCAUAAGUUGUUUCCGAGAUUUCAGGAUGAGUCGCAAGUCCCACACCACCGCCCAAAAGCCCUUCAGUUGCCAUGUGUGCGGCAAAGUGUUCGGCCAAAAGGGCCAUCUCUUUAUUCACAAGAAUGUCCAUGCGGAGGUGAGGCCCUUCGGAUGCGACACCUGCGGCAGGCGCUUCACUCAGAAGGGGAACCUCCUUCGGCACUCGCUGUUGCACACCAACGAAAAGCCCUUCGGAUGCGGCAUCUGCAGGAAGUUCUUCGUGCAAAAGGCUCAUUUGGUGAAGCACGUCGUGGUGCACAGGCAGAGGCUGGCUGCCCUUAGAAGUAGUCGGCGGAGGGAGGCGUCCGAGCGAUGGUCUUCCGCUGAGGCCAAGGAGACCUCCCUCAGGUGCAAGGUCUGCGGAUUGCAGUUCAGGCGGAUCUCCAAGCUGAUGGAACACCUUAAGUUCCAGCAUAUUCUCGGAAGGAAAAGAGUGACGACACGUGACGUUUAA